CAAUGGCAGCGCGCCUUCCCUUCGAAUUCGAGCGGCCGUCGCGAGGGGGCGGGGUUUGGUGUUGUCCAAUCAGCGCUGGCUGUGCGUGGAGAGGGGGGUGGGACGCUCCGCCGUUGCCAGGCAGCUGGGGGAAGUGGCGCUUUCCCGCCUGCUGCCGCCUCCUGCUGCCGCCUCCUGCUGCGGGGUGAGGCCGCGGGAGGGGGGCACCAUGCAGAGAGCAUCGCGGCUGAAGAGGGAGCUCGCUCUCCUGGCCGCAGAGCCGCCUCCGGGCGUUACCUGCUGGCAGGAUGAAAACCAGCUAGAUGACCUGCGAGCUCGUAUGUACUUCUCUGAGAUUUUAGGAAGUGCAGACACACCAUAUGAGAAGGGAAUAUUCAACCUGGAAAUAGUUGUUCCUGAAAGAUACCCAUUUGAGCCCCCGAAGAUUCGCUUUCUGACCCCUAUCUAUCAUCCUAACAUUGACUCCGCUGGAAGGAUUUGCCUGGAUGUUCUUAAAUUACCACCAAAGGGUGCAUGGAGGCCUUCCCUGAAUAUCUCCACGCUGCUGACCUCCAUACAGCUGCUGAUGGCAGAGCCCAACCCUGACGACCCUCUCAUGGCAGACAUAUCCUCAGAGUAUAAGUACAACAAGCAACUGUUCUUGACAAAUGCCAAAGAGUGGACUAAGAAAUAUGCAAGCCAGCAAAAAAGGGCUUCCAAGGCUUCGGAAAAGGAAAUGAACCAAAGUGAAAUGAGUACCAAAGAAUCUAUCCCACAGAAAAGAAAAGGGAGUAAUAUCAUCAAGAAGGAGAAGAAAUCUCGCCUAGAUUCUUAAGUGGUUUUCGUGGCUGUGCACUGUUCUUUUCUCUUUACAAAGGUAUAACUAAAUCUUUUAAUGGCUAUGUAGCAGCAGCAGGUUUCACUUUUCUGUUUCUUAGCUUUUUGUGAAUAAUUCUCAUAAAUAAAACACAGCUUUAAUUUA